UGUAGGUUUGGAGUGCACGCUGCUGCUGGAGGAAUUGAGGAGCCCACCCCUCCCCCUCUGAUAGAGGAGAGCCCGGAGGAGGUGCAGGGGAGAGCAGUGAGGAGCAGAAUCAGACAGGAGUACAGCAGAGCACUGCAGCAUGAAGAGGGUGCGGCGAGGCAGCGUUUGGAGCUGGUGAAGCUUCACGCUUUGUCCGUCGUCCACAGCGUCCAGCACAGAGCAGAACAGACCCACACAGACAUGCAGGAGUGGCUGGACCAACGCUUCACCUCCGAGAUGGACAGUAUACAGCAGUUGUCGGGGGUGGUUCAGCACCACAUUGAGAACAGUCUGAAGAUCCCUCACCAGCUGGUGCUGGACUGCACCGACUUCUUCAUAGACGGAGAGACGCGGGUGUUACCCACUACGCCCACUCCGCCCCGCCCACCACCGCUGGAACGGACCAAUCACAGGACUCUCUCCAUCCUGCAGCUGCACGGUCUGCGUGCCCAGCUGCACAAGAUCGCCCCCACAGGUCAGGUGUCCAGUACCGAGCUCUGUAAGGUUCUGCAGGAGCUGACCUCACUCACUAUGGGCUCUGAUGCUCUGCCUGAAGCCUGGAUGAACCUCACAGACUCACAGGUCCAGGAGCUGGUGUGUGUGCUGUCUCAGGACCGUGAGGUGGUGGACUGGCGUCAGUUUUUACUGAGUGCGGCUCAGCCGUGGCCUUUACCCUCUCAGAACCAACUGCUGAGAACACUCACACGCUUCCGAGAGGAAGACACCGCAGCCAGCGGAGUCCUUACACUGGAGCAAUACCGACAGGUUGAGUUGUGGUUUUCCAGCCAGACAGAUGUUCCUGUUCCCGAAGAUCCCACUGAACCUCUGCCAUACGACCGGCUGGCCAAUCUCAAGGAGUUUUUCUUUGCGCUGUUUGCGGACGCUGCUUCGUCCACGGCUGUUCUGGACUAUCUGACCAUGCUGCUGUACUUCUGCUGCCAUCCUGAUCCAGCACAGGGCUUCACCAGAGCCCUCAGCAUAGUGACCCAGCACAAACAUCAGUACAGACACCCCAGCCCCCUGCUGCAGUCACUGCCCUACAUGGAUGGUGCUGAGGAGUGUGAAGCUGAGGAAGAGGACGAGUCUGUGCAUAAAGAUGAUGGCGUGACAGUGGAGGAGAUUUUCAGAGCUCUGAGCCACGGAGGAAAACGAGUGACAUCACAUCACCGCAUAGAGUCUAACAGCAGAGAGGAGUUACAGCAGGAUCUGGUGAAGGUCUUUAAGGAGCUGGGCUUUGAUGCAGGAGAAAAGAUUCCAUUCUCAAUGCUAUCCCAGCAUCCUUUCCUGCAAGAUCUGAUGGAAGGCUCUUCACAGUAUCUGCUAGCAGACAUUCACAGAGUUCUACACGUCCCGAAGAGUGACGGAGAACCUUCAAGCUUCACCACAUCAUAGACUCACAUUCACAUGAACACAGAGCUUCAGGAUAAAGAAAGGAAUUCCAAAUCCAUUCAUCACAAACACAGUAGCUCACACACUAAACAAAAACAUGAAUUACACACAAAUUACAGAGAAUUAAUGAUACAAUUUACCAAUGUCACGCUCUCUGUAAUGUUACUUAAAUAUGUUAUUAAACAUGAAUCAACUGUU